AUGCAUAAUUUUGAGCAGGCUUUGAGAUCUUAUAGAAACAAUGAACUAGUUUCCAAUUUUAAAUCAAAGUUUACAAAACCCGUGAUGACUACUCACAUGGGUUUGAUUGAGAGCCAUGCCGCAAAAAUUCAUAUUGUGGAGAUUUUCAAAGAAGUCAAAGAUGAAAUAAUGAAGGCUGGAUCAUUGAUUGUUAAGGAAAAAUUAGGUCGCAAUAAAUUUAAGACUUAUAAACUUACAAAAUACUAUUGUGACAACUAUGAAAAAGAGGUUGUGUAUGAUGGUGACACACUUCAAUGUGAUCCAAAUACUGUGAAGAGCAAAGGUGCUCCAAAGAAAAAAAGAAUGACACAAAAGCUAUUUGGUGAUGUUCUAAAUGAAACAGUAGAACUCGUAAUGCAAGGAAUUGUUCGAUAA